UAUUGGAUAUUGCAUAAGCGCGCAAAAUACGCUUGAUACGUCGGGCGCAAUUUCCGAUUAUUAAAUUUCAAAGAUGUCAUCUGCGCCUAUUUGUGAUCGUGUUAAUACAUAUGCUAAUAAAAGCAAAGUUAUACCUGGUUAUGAGGGGAUACCAUACAAUUUAUGUGUUAACGUUAUUGGUUGGGUGGUCCUAAUGUGCGGAUUUACACUAUUAAGAAAACUUGCAUGGGACUAUGGGCGUAUGGCUACAUUUCAACCUAGGAAAAAUAGGUGGACUAUAUUUUCAGAAAUAAAUGAUGAAAAUGUCAGUACUGACAAUGCUUCCAUUGAUAGUGUAGAACAAACUCCAUCUACUAAUGAUCCUGGUUAUUUUUCAUGGAUUGUUAGUUAUUUCAAGUUAACAUCGGCAGAUUUACAAUUAAAAGCAGGAAAUGAUGCUGUUCAAUAUCUUAGAUUUCAUUUCUAUUUAAUUAUUUAUACAGCAAUCACUACAGUUUUCUGUUUGGUUGUUAUACUUCCAGUAAAUAUACAUGGUACACUAAAAUCUCCUGACUUACAGAAAUUCGGUGUUACGACCAUAUCAAAUAUAUCGUCUAAUUCAUCUAGUCUAUGGGUGCAUACAAUUUUUGGCAUUGGAUUUUUCCUGUUGGCAUUUUUUUUAAUGCAACAUUUCUCGAGGCAAUUUCGUCGAGAGUCGACUCGAACACCGAAUUUCUCAGAUAAAACAUUGAUGAUUUCCGGGAUAUCACGUACGAAUUGUUCACGAGCACUCAUUUUAAGGCAUUUUGCAGAACUUUAUCCUGAAUGUCCUGUUGAAGAUGUACAAAUUUGUUAUGAUACUCGAAAACUGAUAAAACUUGAAAAUCAGAAAGAUACUGUAAGAGCUGCUCUACGUUACUCUGAAGAAAGUUACGAACGUAAACGUAAACGUCCAUUUAUUAUACCAUGUUGUUGUGGUUGGAUGUAUAAAAAAUGGUAUGAAAAUAAUUGUUGUCGUAGUUGUUGUUGGAAUACUAAUAAUCAAAUAGAUUCUUCACAAAAUUAUAUUUCAAAUAAUAAUGAUAAUCAUAUAGAUAAUAUUGAUGAUACUGUGCCAAGAUCUGAAGCUGUUAACAACGAAUUAUCUUCAUCAUCUUCCUCUUCUCCUUCACCUAAAAUAAAUUAUAAUAAAUGUAAAUUAUGCCUUUGUUGUUCAUGUCCACAACCUGCUGAUGCAAUCACUUAUUAUACAAAUAAAAAAAUGUAUUUACAAAAAGAAAUUGAAAAACAGUAUGAAACAACAAUUAAAAAACCAAUUGGUAUUGCAUUUAUAACAUUCUCAACCAAAUAUGCUGCAGCUUAUGUAUGUAAGGAAUAUCGUAACAUUUGUCGACGUUUAAUUAUAUCUAUAAUGUCUAGUACUAGUACUAGUUCAGUAUUGAAAAGUCAUAUGUGGUCUGUCGACUUUGCACCUGUUCCAAGUAAUAUUAUUUGGGCGAAUCUAGCAGCUACGAGAACUGUUUGGUGGUGUCGAGCAAUUUUUAUUAACUUGUGUGUUUUCUUCGUGGUGUUUUUUCUUACUACUCCUACAUAUGUAUUGAAUUUAGUUAAUACAUUGCAUUUAACUGAACGUCUACAAAUUAAUAAUCCACUAUUGAUUCAAUUUUUCCCAUCUAUUAUUCUUUGGUCCGUGUCUGCUUUAUUACCUUACAUUGUAUUCAAUUCAGAUCGACUUGUUGGUCAUUGGACUAAAUCUGUUCUACAUUUAACUGUAAUGAUUAAAACAUACACUUUAUUAAUUCUAAUGAUUUUAGUACUUCCAUCACUUGGCCUUACAUCAAUACCUGCUCUACUUCAGUGGCUUUUCCCGGAAAUGCAUAUCAUACCACUUGUCCCAGCAAAUAAUGGUUCAAAAAUUAUUAAUAUUUCAACCAUCAAUAAUAUUACUAGUAAUAACAAUAAUGCUACUGCUAAUAAUUCAAGUACACCAUCUUCAUCUAGUCCAUUUAUUCCAAUAGGACCACAGUCAUUUCAAUGGGAAUGUGUUUUUAUCCCAGAUAAUGGUGCUUUCUUUGUCAAUUAUGUAAUCACUGCAGCAUUUAUUGGAACAUCAUUAGAACUUGUUCGAUUUUCUGAAUUAUUUAAUUAUGCUUGCCGUCUUAUGUGUGUUAAAUCACAAGCUGAAAAAGCUGGUGUACGAAAGGCUAGUCAAUUUGAAUUUGAGUUUGGACUGUUUUAUGCAUGGAGUUUAUGCGUCUUCGCUGUGAUCUGUGCAUAUAGUAUUGUAUGUCCGUUGAUUACACCAUUCGGUAAGUAGCUAACAUUACUAUAAUUUCUAUAUUGCAUUAUAAAUGACAUCGUCAUUGUAUUAUUUGGUACAGUUUUUUUCGUAAUAAUAUAAUUUGUAAUUUUCCUAGCAAAAUUAUUGUUUACACAUUAUUUGUGCAAUUGAACCAUCUUUAGCUAGUAUUCAUUAAAGUUAUGGCAAAAUCUUUGGAUGUGUUUUACAAGUUUUCUCAAUUUCAUGGCUUAGUACGCUUUGCUGGAUUUAGAUGUAUGUAAAAAGCCGUAACACUUUCCACUAAUUUGGCGUAAUUUUGUUGCCAUCCUCAAAUUAAUAUGAGUAUAAAAUAUUAGUUGUACAAAUCUGGGAUGCUAACUUUUUCAAUGAACACUUUCCAUGCCUCCUCGAACUUACUAGCGUCUAGUAAUGUGUUUAGGGUCAGAAUAUAUAUGAAGAAUUAACACCAUUUUCAAUCAUGAAACACCAAAUUCCAUGGUUUAAUCACGUUACUUGCAUUUUGUCUUGAUGCCUCCUCUCCUGUGCAUUAUUUAGUGACGCUGCAUACUGAACAAAUUAGUGGAAGAGAGGUAGACGUUGUUAUAUGACGCUAUAGAAUGAACGAUUAUUUUGUUGAAUAGAGAUCGACUAGCACUUCGGUGUAAUUUUAUGUUUUUUUUAAAGUGUUUUUAUUCUUUAUUUAAUUUGCUUUCUUAUAUUCAUUUUUAGGUCUUAUCUAUUUAAUAUUUAAGUAUUUCGUAGAACGUUAUAAUCUCUACUAUGCCUAUUUGCCUAGCCGUAUUGAUUCCCACAUUCAUUGGCUUGCAAUCAGUUGUAUGUUAGCUUCUGUGUUUUUAUUACAAUUAAAUAUAUUCAUGUUUAUUGUUUUACGUUCCAAUACUGUUAGUCAUGCUUUAGUAAUUUGUUCAUUAUUGGGUUUGAUAUUCUCUGCAAUAUUAAUAAUUUUCACGAUUGUUACUGGAUGGAUAAUGGCUGGUAGUAGUUCAGCACGUAAACUUCUAUUUAGAAAUGCACGUUUAGUCCCUACCACUGAAAAUGUAUUCGUUGAUCAGCAUAGUCAGUAUAAUAGUUCAGUCAGUGUUCAACGUAGAGGAUCAAAUUUGAUCGAAAUAACCAAUGCAGUUGGUGAUCGAAAAUCAUUGGUCGAUGCUACUUUUCCUAUACAUAGAAAUAACAGUGAUCCGAAUCAAUCUACUCAACCAUUAACACAAGAUAAAUCAGAAUCUAAAAAUUCGAUCCGUUCUGUUCCUGCUUCACCAUUAAUACCACCUCCAUCACCUCCUCCUACUCCUCCUACAUGUUCUUUACAAGUAUUUAAUAGAAAUGAUUUAAUUAGACAUUCAUACCCGGUAAGAAUUGAUAGUAAAGAACAAUUUGUUGCACCGGUUUUAUUACAUUUACAAAAAAGACAUAGUGUAGCUAAUUAUAUGAGUACACAAUCUAUGAUUAGUUCACUAUCAGGGAAUAAUUCUAAUCAUCCAUCUCAAUCAGAAGAUCAUAAUAAUUAAAUGAAAUACAUUCAGUAUUCUUUCUACUAUUCCUUUUAUAACAACGAGAAUGAUCCGAAAACAAAUCUGUUUCACAAUUAUUACUAGAGGUAUAUAUAUAUAUCUUUGUUUAUUUAACAAACCAAUUUGUCUUUGUAUCACUUUCUUCAGUAAUUAUUGAUCAUUCAUUUUUAUGUUCAUGAACAUUAUCACCAUCAUCAUCAUGAUGAUCAUCGCCGUUUGCUCUUGGAGUUUAGAUUUCUAGAUUUUUCUAUUUACUUUUUCAUUUGUUAUUAUUUAUGUAAAUUUUUUUGUUUGUUUUUCUCUCGUAAUUAUAGUUUAUUCAUAUGAUUUUCUUUCAUUUAUGCUUAUCUAUAAUUGAAUAAAAUGAAUUAUUUUAUAAUUGAUUAUAAUAUAACAGAAGAAUGUUUCUUUCUUUGAGUUGAAUACUUUUGGGUACUUACUUAUUUUAAGCAUACCUAUGAACUCUCUUCUAUGUUACCGUUGUAUAUAAUAUAUAUUGAUUGUGAUGACAAUAAUGAUGAUGAUGAUGGUUGGAUGAAUGUACUUAUGAUAAUUAGGAGGAAAAAAAAGAACAUUCUGAAAUUAUAUCUGCAUUUUGUUCUCUUUGCCUUUGUCUCACUUUUACACUCUUUAUUUGUUUAUCUAUUAUCCUGUCCACAAUUUGAAUGUAACUUGCUUGUUGCUAUUUUGUAUAUGUACGCGUGGUAAUAUCAUUUAUUGUUUAUUUAAGGUUUAAUUAGGAUAAUCAUAAUAUUUCAAAGAAAAACUGAUAAUUUCAUUUUGUUUUCUCAAAUUUGACAUUGUUCUUUUUUCUAAAGAAUAAAACAUAUGAAGAAUAAGGUU